AUGAUGGUCAACAAAAAGCUCAGAAAGUUCCAGCUUGACUCAGGUGCAACUUGUAACGUUAUGGGGCUACGAGAUCUAAAAACUAUUCUUGACAAUGAGAAUCCUAAACUUAAUAGUAGCUCCACUACUUUGUGUUUCUAUGGCGGGUCAUCCCAAAACUCACUAGGCAGCAUUGUGCUGAAAGCAAAAUUCAAAAAGAAUAUUUUUGAUUUAAAGUUUGAAAUUCUGAAUUCUGAGAGAAAUCCUCUUAUAGGAGCAGCAGAUUGUCUUCGACUAGGUUUGAUUACGACAGAUGAAGAGGUUUUCCAGGCUCUCACAGCAUCUAACCAAACAGCCACACAUCAACAUACGAUAUUUGAUCAAUUUCCUACUGUAUUUGAAGGAUUAGGGUGUUUUGAAGGUCUUUGCAGCAUAAGAACUGACCCGUCGGUACCACCUUCAAUAGCAGCACCCAGGCGACAACCUCUAGCAUUGAAGAAAGAAAUAUGUGCUGAAUUAGAUAGACUUGAACAGCUUGGAGUCAUCGUCAAGGUAACAGAGCCUACUGAUUGGGUCAGUAGUUUGGUAGUAGUGAAGAAACCUAACAAGAUACGACUUUGUAUAGAUCCUUUUCACAUGAAUAAAGCCAUUAAAAGAUCUCAUUAUCAAGCACCAACUAUUGAGGAAAUAGCCCCACAGCUAUAUGGAGCAAAGUUCUUUAGUGUUCUGGACCUUAAGGAUGGGUUUUGGCAUGUAAAGCUAAAUGAGGAAUCAAGCAGGCUAACUACGUUUUGGACCCCCAAAGGGAGAUUUCGUUGGACUAGACUACCUUUUGGUGUUGCUAAUGCUCCUGAAGAGUUUCAACGAAGAGUUCACGAAAACCUUGAGGGUCUUGAAGGAGUUGUGGCAAUAGCUGAUGAUGUUAUGGUAUUUGGAAAAGGAAACACCGUUCAAGAAGCUAAGAUUGACCAUGACAAGAAGCUGAAUGCCCUUCUGCAACAAGCUCAGCUUAAAGGGUUAAAGUUUAACAAGGAUAAGUGUAAAAUAGGUGUAGAAAAAAUUCCAUACAUGGGACAUCUCAUUACAGCAGAUGGGUUGUGUCCUGACCCUAGCAAAGUAGAAGCUAUAAGAAAACUUUCAGCUCCUACUUCAAAAGAAGAAGUCAAGAGAUUUUUAGGCUACGUUGUGUAUUUAUCAAAGUUUCUACCAAUACUAUCAGAAGUAGCAACACCGCUUAGAAAUUUGUUGAAAGAUGAUAGUGAGUGGGUAUGGGACAGCCCACAGAAAGAUGCUUUUCAAAAGUUGCUCAAGAUGGUCCAAGAAGCUCCAACAUUAAAGUACUUUGACCAGACACAGAGUUGUGUUGUGCAAUGUGAUGCUAGUCAAUAUGGCCUAGGAGCUUGCCUCAUGCAGCGAGGUAAGCCCGUUGCUUAUGCUUCAAGAACAUUGACUAAGACUGAAGUUGCCUACGCACAAAUUGAAAAAGAGUGUCUAGCUAUUGUGUUUGGUCUUGAACGCUUUGAACAGUAUUUGAUGGGACAUAGAGAUGUUAUAGUUGAAUCUGAUCACAAGCCCUUGGAGGCAAUAUUCAAGAAGCCCUUGAUUUCAGCUCCUAAGAGACUGCAAAGGAUGCUUUUACGACUUCAAAAAUACAGCUUUUGUGUACAAUACAAACCAGGCACAUCAAUGCAUGUAGCAGAUUUUCUGUCUAGAUCGCCUCUUAAAGAAACUGGCAGAGAAACAGUUGACGACCUAAUUUUUCAAGCAGAGUUAGAGAACAUUAACGAUUUAGACAACAUAAAUAUUACUGAUGAGAGGAUCAAGGAGAUAAAAGAAGAGUCAAGUAAAUGCCCUGUUAUGAAUAAUCUUGUGGACACGAUUAAAAAAGGGUGGCCUGAGAAACGUACUCAUGUUCCUCAAGAUCUACAGGAAUACUGGAGUGUUAGAGAUGAAUUAUCAGCGGUAGAUGGAAUCGUAAUAAAAGGAGACCGUAUAGUAGUUCCACGUUCUUUGAGACCUGCCAUGCUUAAAAUUCUACAUUCUUCUCACCAAGGAGUCGAGUCUUGUUUAAGAAGAGCAAGAGAAGUGUUAUUUUGGCCGGGAAUGGCUGGAGAUGUUCAAAGAACUGUUGAAACAUGUUGGCCUUGCCAAAAGUACGCUCCAGCUCAGAAAUCGGAACCCUUUCAGCCUCAUAAUACUCCAACAAGAGCAUGGCAAAGAGUUGGAAUUGACUUUUUCCAGCUGGGCAGUGACCACUUUCUUAUAAUGACAGAUUACUUUUCAUCAUUUUUUGAACUGAAGAAAGUGAAUUCACUAAAAACAGAAGGCCUGAUACAGUUUUGUAAAGAACAGUUUGCUCGUUACGGAAUACCAGACGUUGUUGUUUCUGACAGUGGUACUCAACUUGUUAGCCAAGACUUCAAGCUUUUUGCCCAGACUUGGAUGUUUAAAAUUGUUGUUUCUUCACCACAUAAUCACCAAUCCAAUGGUAAGGCAGAAUCAGCAGUUAAAAUUGCAAAGAGAAUGCUAAAGAAGGUAAAAGAAAGUAAAGAAGACUUUCAAGCAGCUCUAUUAGAGUGGAGAAAUACACCACUGGCUUACGUGGGUGCAAGUCCUGUGCAGUUGCUAAUGUCAAGAUCAACAAAGACUCGUUUGCCCAUAACAGAAAUGAAACUAAAUCCAAAGAUACACAUAGGAGUCACAGACAAGUUGAAGGAAAAACAAGAAAAAUACAAGAAGCACUAUGAUAAAGGCACUCAGGCAUUGGACCCACUUAAAGUUGGACAAAAGGUAUUGAUACAGAAGAGACCAGAUGAUAGAUAUUAA